CAUUCUAGCUGCCCGCUGCCUCUGCAGCUUCCCUCUAGCUUUCUCUGUGUUAACUGCUAGCUUUAGACAGACAGGCAGGGUGCGCAAAGCAGAGGAUUAUUUGGGAACCGCCUUGGUCACUCCAUGGCGUCCCCCAGAACCUUAACUGUCGUGGCUCUCUCAGUGGCGCUGGGACUCUUCUUUGUUUUUAUGGGGACCAUCAAGUUGACCCCAAGGCUCAGCAAGGAUGCCUACAAUGAAAUGAAACGUGCUUACAAGACCUAUGUCCGAGCCCUUCCUCUGCUGAAGAAAAUGGGGAUCAAUUCCAUUCUCCUUCGUAAAAGCAUUGGUGCUCUUGAGGUGGCCUGUGGCAUUGUCAUGACCCUUGUGCCUGGACGUCCCAAAGAUGUGGCCAACUUCUUCCUGCUCUUGCUGGUGUUGGUUGUGCUCUUCUUCCACCAGCUAGUCGGUGAUCCUCUCAAACGUUAUGCCCAUGCCCUGGUGUUUGGAAUCCUGCUCACCUGCCGCCUGCUGAUUGCCCGCAAGCCUGAAGACCGCUCUUCUGAGAAGAAGCCCUCAUCCCUUGGAAGCGUGGGAAAUGCAGGGAAAGCUGAAGAGCAGCCCUCCUUGUAUGAGAAGGCCCCUCAGGGAAAAAUGAAGUUGUCAUAGGAAAUUGGAAGUGAAAAAGUGAACCUUCCAGGCAGUUGCCUCCAUGACACCCAGGAAGAUGUCAGCGUGUGUUUUUCAUUUGAUUUAUUUAUCUUAGGAGAAAGGGAAAAAGUUAAUGGCCCUGUUGGCUUGUGUACACCUAUACCCUAAAAUGACCUCCCCACAUAGACAUAUAUACGCCACCUUUAAUCACUCUUGGGCAAUUCUCACAUCUUGCUGCAUGUACAUGUAUAUGGCUAACUAUUGAAGUGCUUUUGUGAGAUGGACUCCAGGGAGCAUGUGACUAUGAGACAGUAUGUGUGGGAAAAUAUAUUUACUGUGUGUGUGUGCAUGCAACCCGUGGAGGAGAAGGCUCUGACCUUGAACUAAUCCUGCACAGGUAUCCUCCCCUUUAUAGACUUGAGUCUAGUGAAGACAAUGAAAUAAACCUCCUGUAAAGAGAAUCCUACUUUUGAUAAAAAACAAAUUAUGAAUUCCCAUGGGAUGGGGGAAUCCCUCAAUAGAAUAAGCUGAAAACUUGAAUCUACCACUUUAAGAAAAAAUUUCCUUCAAUUUGAGGCAAUGAGUAUGUGUAAAAUUAAUUAGCCUCUACUUUCAACAGUUGUUUAAAUUUUAAAUAUUCCAUACUGAGUUUAACUAAAAUAAGGAAUAUAUGCAGUCAGUAGAUAAUCUAAUUCUUUAGGUGAUGAAAUUGGACAUUACACCUUGCUUUUGUCCAUCUCCAACCUACAAAACUCCUUUACCCAGUUUGAAACUGAAGCAAUAAACUUGGAGUUUUUUUGUUUGUUUGUUUUUUCUUAAGCCAAAAGCUGCCUCAUUUCCACCAUUCUCAGCAACUAACCAGUAUUUGGCAGCUUCUCCAGUGUUGUUUGAGGGAGCAGUGAUUAUUCCUGAUAGAAGUCUGAAUCUCACAAACUGUUCUCUUAAAUCAUCUGAAAUUUGAUCGAGGAGCUGUACCCAGUGUUUCCUUGAAAAAUAGAUUUACUACUCCUGUUGAAUCUUCACUUGAGUUUGCUAGUGUAAGCAUACAUAUAAGUUACCCCCAAAGUUGUCUCCUCUACACUUCUUUAUCAUUCCGGUGGGUGGAGUUUAGCUAGGGGAAAGACAUUUGAUAUGGGUUAGUUGUAUCCAGCAGUAUGAAAAUUUGCUUUCUUCAUUACUUACUGGUGUUUCUCCUUGUUAGAUGUGCUUUGAUGGAUUUAAUGUUACUGUGCCAGGAUGGGAAAAGGAUGGGGGUGUUUUGUGUGCGUGUGUGUGUGUACAGUAAAAUUAUUGUAUUUCUUCACUGUCAUUGUUCUCAUUGAUUGAUACCCCUGUGUCUUAUAUCUCUCAUUCUUUUAAAAUAAAAAUUGAAAUUUGGAGGAAACUGUUGGGACAAAUAAUGGAAGUCUGGAAAG